CCCUUUCAGUUUCCCUACAGAAAACCGGGUCGGACCUUGUAGAUUUCUUCCAUCUGUGACUGAGUGUGGCGGCCAUGAAUUUGCUCUCUCCGUUACGUGGCCCCUUGUCUGUUCGAGCUUUGAACUUUUUUGAAUCUUCUAAUGGAGCUCCCCGGAAUGCACUUUCCCCUCUUAUUCAUAGCCCUACUCACUUUCGCAGAGUUUUGUCGUCUGCAAGUGCUACAAGCGAUGAAGAAGCUGCUGCGAAAGCUGCCGCAGUCAAUGCUGAUACUGGGGCACCAACAAUAUUUGACAAGAUUAUAUCAAAAGAGAUCCCUGCAAACAUUGUAUAUGAGGAUGAGGCAGUUCUUGCUUUUCGAGAUAAAAGCCCAAAAGCUCCAGUUCAUGUUCUUGUCAUUCCAAAGUCACGAGAUGGUCUGACCGAGCUUGGCAAGGCUGAAAAGAGACAUGAAGAGAUAUUGGGUCAUCUUCUUUAUGCUGCUAACAUAGUGGCAGAGAAAGAAGGCAUCACCGAGGGCUUUCGUGUUGUUAUUAACAGUGGCCCGUCUGCGUGUCAAUCUGUUUACCAUCUUCACUUACAUGUACUUGGAGGGAGACAGAUGAAAUGGCCACCAGGUUAAGAUACAAGUUAACUCAAGGUUCAUCGUUCUGUUCUGAGACUUGUUUUUUUAGGCAGUUGUUAUUUCUUGGGUACACACCUUUUGAAGAAAUAAUUGGUAAAAUACAGUGUAUCAUCAUGAAUCGUCCUUAUAUAUAAAACUAUUCACAUUAAACCUUUAAGAUAUUAAUUAAGAUAUUAAAGUUUAAUCGGAAUAUAGUUUUGUUGGUUGGUA